AGGUGGAGCUGGAGGACAGCUUUUUCUCUUGGUGUUUCCAAAUAGAGAAUAAUAACAGAAUUGGAGAGAGAGGAGCAGCUGCAAAGGAGAAAAGGACAAUAAAUCAAUGCAGUCCUGGCUGGGAAGAAAACACCUGGGACAGUUCAAAGGAUGUCUGAGUGAGAAGGAAGAAGAGGAUGCAAUGAUUCCAAUGUGGACAAUGAGGAAUUAGACGGCCAUAGUGAAUUGCAAACAAAAAUAGAAGGGAAAAACAAUCCAUAUUCCUAGGCAGGAAAAGGGUUUGAAAGACGAAGGCAAGAGAGAAAGGAUAUGGAGAAGUCAGUCCUUUGGAGAUCUGAGAAAUGCAAAAGACGACUGAAAUGUGGCAAGUGUGGGAAAAGCUUCAGCAACAGCUCAAACCUUAUUGCUCAUGGGAGAAUCCACACCGGGGAGAAACCCUACCGUUGCCUGAAAUGUGGGAAGAGCUUUGGGAGGAAGUCGACUCUGGUCGCCCACGAGCGAAUCCACACGGAGGAGAAACCCUACAAAUGCUCCGUCUGCGGGAGAGGUUUCAGCCAGGCAUCAAGCCUUAUUGCUCACGAGAGAAUCCACACGGAAGAGAAACCCUACGAGUGUCCGGACUGCGGGAGACGCUUUGGUUUGAAAUCCAGCGUGGUAGCUCACGAGAGAAUCCACACCGGAGAGAAACCCUUCCGAUGCUCCGACUGUGGGAGACGCUUCAGCCAGAAGUCUUCCCUCAUCGCCCACAUGAGAACCCACAAAGGGGAAAAGCCCUACGCCUGCUCCGUGUGCGGGAAGAGCUUCAGCCAGAGCUCGAACGUCAUUGCCCACGAAAGACGUCACACGGGUGAGAAGCCGUAUCGUUGUGCCGACUGUGGGAGGAGCUUCAGUUGCAGCUCCAGUCUUAUUAGACACCAAAGGAUUCACACCAAGGACAAACCAUACAAAUGUCCGGAUUGUGGGAAAGGCUUUGGUUGCAGCUCGAGCCUUGUGCGACACCAGCGGACUCACACCGGUGAGAAGCCGUACCAGUGUGCCACUUGUGGGAAGACCUUCGGUGUGAGCUCUCAGCUUAGCAUCCAUCAGAGAACCCACACCGGAGAGAAACCCUACAAAUGCUCAAACUGUGGGAAAAGCUUCAGCAUAAGAUCCAGCCUCAGUGCUCAUGAGACGAUCCACACGGGAAAGAAACCGUACAAAUGUAAGGUCUGCCCCAAAAGUGUGUAUUUAAGGUCCAGCCUCAAUGCUCACAAGAGAACGCACGGAGGAGACAAGCCAUACGACUGUGCCGACUGCGGAAAGAUGUUCGCUUGCAGCGCUGGUCUUAUCCGACACCAGAGAAUCCACACGGGAGAAAAACCCUAUAGUUGCGGCGAAUGUGGCAAAAGCUUCAUCUUGAGUUCAAACCUCGUGGUCCACCAGAGAACCCAUAUGGGAGAGAAACCGUACCAGUGCCCGGACUGUGGCAAAUUCUUCAGCGUCAGCUCCCAGCUUAAUGUCCACCAGAGAAUCCACACAGGAGAGAAACCCUACAAAUGCUCAGACUGCGACAAGAGUUUUACAUGUAGCUCAGGACUUAUUAGACACCAGAGGACGCACACAGAGGAGAAACCCUAUAGUUGCUCUGAGUGCAGGAAAAAGUUCAACUUGAGCUCCAACCUUAUUGCACACCAGAGGACCCACACCGGAGAGAAGCCAUAUAAGUGCGUCCACUGCGGAGAAAGCUUUUACACCAGGCCGUCCUUUGUGGAGCAUUAUAAAACCACCCAUGUGGCUGGUUUAAAUAUGGAGAUGGAUGAGCAACAUGUCAAGCGUGACUCAAAGUCUAGUAACUACUUAAUAAAUUACAUAGAAUGGGAAUCCUAAAAUAGUGGGAGGGGGCAAUGGUGUCGAUGUGAGGGUUAAAUUGAGAUUUAUUCACCUUUCCAUCUCAAUUUCCCCCUCCGUCGGCGAUCUAGAGAUCUGCUUACAUACACACGCAGCUGUCAGCCGAACCUGGCGGUUCUUAUCUUUUAUUGCAGUAAUUACAGCUAUAUACAUGUCGCACCUCAGAAUAGUUCACCUUGCCAUUGACACCAAGUCAGACACAGAAGGUAGUCUUUUGUAAUUUUAUUGAACAAAAGCAAAUAUAUAAAUCAAAGCAAGCAAAUAUAAAGUUCUCAAAGUUGUUGUAAAAGAGUCAGUAAAAUCCAAUAGUUCAUAAGCAAAACAAGAGUCAGUAAAUCGAAUAAUCCAUAGGCAAAACAAGAGUCAGUAAAUCCACAAGAACAAAGGCCCAAAGGUUACAAAGAUCUAGGAACAGGAGAAACUCUAAGGCAGGGAAGCAUGGACAUCCACUCAGAUGAAGCGAGAAUUUGCUUUGACAAAGAUCUGUCUCAAAACACACAGUUUUAAAAGCAACCCAAAAAUGCAUUUCUUUUUCCUUCAGAGGCCUCUCGCUUUCCAGCCAAUCUUAAACUACGACGAGGCUGAGACAUUCCUUUCCAUUGCAAGUGAUCUGCUCUAGAUAGUGAUGGCGCUCAUUCAAGGCCUUCCACCUCAUUAUCUCGCACCUGAACUGGGGCCUGAGACAUCUCUGGCUCAUUAUUUCCCAUGGGAAUGUCAUCCUGGCUGUUAUCUAUGACCAGCUGGUUCAAAAGUUCAUCCUCAAGCUGCAUUUCUCGAGCCUCUGAAUCAGCCUGUAUAAUUCCCAUCCCCAUGCCAUCAUCCUGAAAUUCAUCCUGCAUCCCAUCAUCUGUCUCUUGUAUCUGAAACCCAUAAUCCCCUUCUUCAUCCUCACUCUGGCUCUGCAGGCGAUGCUGUUGCUGAGUCACAACAAUACAAAGCACAGCCGGAGAAGCCCAUCUACAUGUCCGACUCAAUUGAUGGCGACUAACGAAGAACGUUAUCUACAAAACUGUCAACGCCCACAUUCCUCAACUUAUUUCUGGCGGAAACUACACAAUGUCACUCUAGCAAUUAAUCUUCCUCUAUGCAUUUAACCACUACUCUACUGGAAUGCUAUACAAAGCAUUGCACACACUAGCUUUAAACUAUGAGUGAAAUUUUCAUACCACAAAAACCGUAACUCCAACAAAUGGAACCAGUUGAAGCAGUUGCGAAAACCUACAAAAGUACCCUAUAUACUCAUGUGUAAGUUUAGCAAUUUUAGUCAGGAGCCCCAAGAAAUAAUAGUGGCUCCAAAACCUGCCCUCAAUGUAUAUUAGAGAUCAAGUUAUAUGUGAGUAUAUGGAUCAGGCAUGUGCCAACUUGGGCCCUCCAGGUGUUUUGGACUCCAACUCCCACAAUUCCUAACAGCCGGUAGGCUGUUAGGAAUUGUGGGAGUUGGAGUUCAAAACACCUGGAGGGCCCAAGUUGGCCCAUGCCUGAUAUAGAUAGCUUGUCUCCAGUCUCUGAAAUUAGACAUCGUUGGGUGUCUCAUGCAUGAAAACUACGUCUGUUUUUCUUUGAUGAGGGGAACAUUCAGUUAGGAGAAUACUCCAUGUCAUGCUGGGAAGUGUGACUUGAAAAUAUUUUUAUUGAAUUCCAAAUAAUAUAUAAAAUGUGUUUUUCAAAAUCAUUCUCAGUAUAAUUCUUCCAAAUUAAUGGAUACAGGGCGCCGACUGUCCUGGCAUGCCUUGAUAAUAGAGUGGGUUAGGUCCUAGACUGCAGUCAAAAACAGAAAAUUAUUUUGCAGCUUUUAAAAAACGUCAAUAUACAGAAUUUAUGAAAUUUAUCAUAGUGAUAGGUCUAACAAAUGCAAAGUAAAGGGUAAAGGUAUUCCCCUGACAUUAAGUCCAGUCAUGUCUGACUCUGGGGGUUGGUGCUCAUCUCUGUUUCUAAGCCGAAGAGCCGGCGUUGUCCAUAGACACCUCAAAGGUCAUUUGGCCGGCAUGACUUCAUGGAAUAUUAUUACCUUCCUGCUGGAGCGGUACCUAUUGAUCUACUCACAUUUGCAUGUUUCAAACUGCUAGGUUGGCAGAAGCUGGGGCUAACAGCAAGAGCUCACUCUGCUCCCCAGAUUCAAACCACUGACCUUUUGGUCAGCAAGUUCAGCAGCUUAGUGGUUUAAUCUGCUGCGCCACCAAUGAUCAUAUAACACUUAUUAUUAUUAUUAUUAUUAUUAUUAUUAUUAUUAUUAUUAUUAUUAUCAGGCUGGGCUGUGGCGCAUGCUGGUUAGCAGCCAGCUGCAACAAAUCACUCUGACCAAAACGUCAUGAGUUCGAGGCCAGCCCGAGCCUGUGUCUGUCUCUGCCUCUGUUCUAUGUUAUGGCAUUGAAUGUUUGCCUUAUAUGUGUGCAAUGUGAUCCGCCCUGAGUCCCCUUCGGGGUGAGAAGGGCGGAAUAUAAAUACAGUAGAAUCUCACUUAUCCAACACUCGCUUAUCCAACGUUCUGGAUUAUCCAAGGCAUUUUUGUAGUCAAUGUUUUCAAUAUAUCGUGAUAUUUUGGUGCUAAAUUCGUAAAUACAGUAAUUACUACGUAGCAUUACUGCGUAUUGAACUACUUUUUCUGUCAAAUUUGUUGUAUAACAUGAUGUUUGGGUGCUUAAUUUGUAAAAUCAUAACCUAAUUUGAUGUUCAAUAGGCUUUUCCUUAAUCCCUCCUUAUUAUCCAACAUAUUCGCUUAUCCAACAUUCUGCCGGCCUGUUUAUUUUGGAUAAGUGAGACUCUACUGUACUGGAAAUAAAUAAAUAAAUAUUAUAUUUCUUACCCGGCUCUCCGCGCGGUUAUAAAACAACACUCAUUAAAAUAAUAUAAACACAAUAAAAUAUAAUUUGUUUUUUAAAUAAAUAAAUAAACCAUAUUUGACAUUAAAAUAAUCAAACCUUCAGUAGAGGCUGGAUGGCUUUCUGUCAGGAGUGCUUUGAGUGUGUCUUCUUAUAUGCCGCGCUUCCCUGAAAAUAAGACAUCCCCUGAAAAUAAGACCUAGUAGAAGUUUGGGGGAACUGCCAAAUAUAAGACAUCCCCCAAAAGUAAGACACACGCCUUUCCCUCCUCCUUUGUGCCACAUGUGCCUUCCUCGGUGGUGGUGGAGGGAGCAAAACAAGACAUCCCCUGAAAAUAAGACCUAGCAUGUCUUUGGGAGCAAAAAUUAAUAUAAGACACUCUUAUUUUCAGGGAAACAUGGUAGUAGAAGGGGAUUGAACCAGAUGCCACUUGGGUCCUACCUACACUGUCCUUAAACUACAUUAUAGGGCAAUGUGGAUGGGGCCUUGGGGUCUCUUCCAACUCCAGGAUUCUACGAGGGUUGAAUGAAAAGUAAUGCCUCCAUCUUCGUAACCUCUCAACAGAUGUCAGUCCUGGUCUGCAGCAGGUACUGGCUUGUUCAGUAGACUCUCCUCUACAGUUAGUUCCAUUUGGCAGGAAGCCUUAGCAUUGAACAGUUGUGUUGUUAAAGUGCAAAGUAUGGAACCCUGCGCAGAUGGUCGGACAAUGUGACUUUAGCAAUGUCCAGUCAUUGAAUUCUUGACAGCAGAAGGUGUUACCCCUAAGGAGAAAGGUGUCACCUUCAUUCUCGUAACGUGAGAGGAGUUCCUGGCAAAUUUCAAGUCUGUUCUCUUGAUGAAGGUGUAUUGGGAAAAUAUAAUACUUGUAUUGGAAACUAUAUAUUGAAUGUAAUCAUAUUAGAAAUAGGAACAGGAAAAAUGUAAUCACAAGUAGAAUAUGUGCAUAUAGCUCCAAAAUACACUUUGCCUAGCAAGACCCAGCAAAGACCAAAGUUCACCCUAAGUGCCAGAGACAUAUGUUAAGUGUCAACAAGAAUAGAUAAGCUAAUGGACAAAAGACAAAUGAAGGCUUUUGGGAUGUCAAGAUAAGACCUGGCGCCAUGUAGGAGUGCUAAUGGCUCCCUAAAAGCUAGGAUAAGGGGAAAUUCCUCAAUUAAUGAGAACCCCUGAGAGCUUAGAUAGGAAUUCCUUAGAUAAGGCCUAAUGGAGGGUCAGAGGUCUUGAAAGUAGUCUAUAUUUUAGGAAAAUGCAAAAGUAGCUUUUAGUAAAGUGCCAAGUAAGACUUUUUUGACACUAAUUGGUGAUGGAUAAUGCCUCUAUGACGUAAAUAGAUGAAUGCAAAAAUAGUAUAUAAGGACCUGUGUUUCUUUGUUCUGUACCUUCGCUUUCCUGAUUACAGGAGAAGGUACUUUUCUUAUUGCUUAAUCUUUCUGGCCACUGAGAAUAAACGUCUUUUUUUUUCUACA